AUGGCAAACGUACGGCUCGUGAACCACGUGGUCAGACGCGGCGGCCCGUGUCUGACGGCCACCACUACUCCCGCUAUUAUCAACACUACCGUCAACUCUACGGCCCGACGACUACUGCCGACCACCACAUGUGUGGCCACGACUACAGCGCCGGGUGUUGGCCAACAUCGGCGCCACUUCUACUCGUACUGCAAUGAGCCGACACAUCCCAUACCUCAACGGCAGCCCAAAUGGAUGUCACCCGAAGAGGCACUUUCUGUGGUCAAGUCAGGUGAGGGAGACAUUGGGAUCAGCUGCUGGGUUGGGUGUAGUGUACGGCCGCUGCCCACCCGACCCGACUUGACUAUUGGUCUGGACUGUAGGCCUCGGCUGGCCCGCUAUUGGUGUAAUUUAGGCGAUGGCGACCACGUGUUCGUGCAUGGUGCGGCGGCCACGCCCCGAGUGCUGGUACCCGCGCUCGCAGCUCAUGGUAAAAAAGCGGGCCUCAAGAACGUACGCGUGCACCACAUCCACACGGAGGGCGCCGGCGAGUACAACGCGCCCGAAUAUAAGGACAUAUUCCGGUCAAACUCGCUGUUCACCGGCGGUAACUGUCGGGAGCCGAUCAACGCCGGUCGCGCCGACUUUACCCCGAUCUUCUUGGGCGAUAUACCCAAGUUGUUCUACAAGGGUAUCAUUAAGCCCGACGUGGCGCUCAUUCAGGUGACGCCCGCUGACAAACAUGGUUACCACUCGUUGGGCACGUCGGUUGACUGUGUCAGGGCUGCCCUCCAGCACACCAAGUAUAUCAUCGGUCAGGUCAACCCCCGGUUCCCGCGCACUUCGGGUCACGCCAUUAUACACACGUCUCACUUCGACGCCCUGGUGGAGGGCGAGCUGCCCAUACCUGAGCACAAGACCAAGGGUUUGACUGAUGUCGAGAAAACG